CAAUAGACAUAGUAUAAAUCACAUUCAUCAAGGAAAUACUAGAAAAUUAUGGAAAUCAGUAUUUUUUACGCUCACGUUUAGCGGCGCAACUUAUAUAGGCGCAACUAUUAUGGAAUAUGAACGAGUAAGAAGACAAAAUCAAAAUAAUAAAUAUUAUGGUAUGUGGUGGAGACGUAAUUAUAAUUAUAAUACAAAAAAUUCAGGAUUGUUACAACAAAUAAAAUAUUGGUGGAAUAACUUAAGUCACGGUGAAACAAUAUUUUUCUCAUUACUCGGUGCAAACGUACUUGUAUUUUUAUCAUGGAAAAUACCAAAGCUACAGCCAUUUAUGUUUAAAUAUUUUACUCAUCAAACGGGAUCUAAUUUUUCCCAUAUACCCAGUGUAUUAUCUAUGUUUUCACAUUGUAAUGCAUAUCAUUUGAUUGCAAAUAUGUAUGCUUUAUAUACUUUUAUUACACCAACAGUUCACUAUUUAGGACCAGAACAUUUUAUUGCGCUUUAUCUAACAAGUGGAGUAGUUGCCAAUUUGUUCAGUACUGCAUACAAAUUAUUUACUCAUCAAGCUUCAUUUUCUUUAGGAGCUUCUGGAGCUAUUAUGGGGGUCAUAGGCUACUUUUGCAACCAAUUUUCAGACACAAAACUUAGCAUUAUUUUCCUUCCAUUUAUUACAUUAAACGCAGAUAUGGCCUUAAAGUCAUUGAUACUGUUGGAGAUAACAGGCUGUCUUUUCAAAUGGAAAAUAUUUGAUCAUGCGGCACAUUUAGGUGGUGCUCUGUUUGGAAUGUUUUGGUAUUAUUGGGGCAUCGAAUAUAUAUGGAAAAAACGUACAACGAUAAUGAUGUAUUGGCAUGCUAUUCGUAAUCCUCCAAAAUCUCAUUAAUAAAACAUUAGCGGUUAGUGCUCCAUGGUUCUUCAGUGGCAUUGACGUAAAAUCCAGCUCCUGAGCCAAAGUCCCAAGAAUCGUCUUCA